AUGGCUGAGGACCUGUCAGCUGAAGAUGCGACGAGACUUGUCGACUUUGUCAAUGACAAGAUUCAAAGUAUUGAUGACCUUCAGAGCCUAGAUUCUCUUCUCAACAGCCUCCAGGAGCAGCAAGAUAUCCAGAGGCAACAGGUAACGGACCUUUCUUUGACUGUGAAAUCUUUUCUCCGCGAAGCAGAGGAAAUCCUCAAAAGCGCUACUAAAGCCUCAAAUGAACAUGCGGAGGCUGUUCGGAAGGAGGCAGAGGCAUUCCGCAAACACCAGGAUGAUAUAGAUCGACGCUUACUUAUUGUAACGCAAUCAGAACAUAGUGAUGAGGCAGUCCGGAAAUUUGAGGAUAGCAUUACUAGACUGCAGAGGCUUGAUGUGUCGCAAGGGUAUUUGGAGCUGUUAAGCGGCAUAGAUCAUUUGAACAAGGAGACGAUAGAGACAAUGAAAUCAUCGCCGCAUGAUGCGUUACGGUCCUACUCAAAACUUCGUUCCAUCCAGGGAUCUAUAUCUUCAAGCCAGGAGACAGUCGAGGGAGCUACACCACACCUUCUCGAUUAUGUGAACAAAGUCUCAGAGAAUUUAAAGAACUCCCUCCGAGCGGAAUAUAUUGCUCAACUACAAAAUGUUUUGGACAAAAUGAAGUGGCCAAUGAAAGAGCUUCCUGCCGAACCAUUGAUCGAUGAAUGGAUGCGCUGGUGUGAUCUACUACUAGAAUUUCAAGAACCUGACCUUCCAAACGACGAUGUUGCAGCCCACGUCAAAGAUUUCUCCGAACUACCCAUUUUACUUCCACUAGAAGUUAUGUCGCGGCCACUGGAGCUUCGAUUUAAAUAUCAUUUCAGCGGCGACAAGCCUACAAAUAGGCUGGAUAAGCCAGAAUAUUUUAUGUCACAUGUUUUGGACUUAAUCAAUACCCAUGCUGAAUUCUUUUCCACAUAUUUACAACCUGUAUUGCAUAGAAGGGGCCUCAACGGGCCUUCAGUCUUUCAGUCCUUAUACUCGGAUGCCGUCUCAUCAUUUAUAUCUGCGCUCCUACCGAUGGUGCGACAGAAAGCCAUGAAUUUACUGCCAACAGUUUCCAAACACCCGCAAGCUUUCAGUCAUUUAAUUCAUGAACUGAUGAAUUUCGAUAAUGAGCUUAAGUUAUCCUGGUCUUAUCCAUCGAACCCAGCACGAGAAAGCACAUGGAAGGGUUUAACCUGGGAGUUGCUGGUGGGAGAGAAUUGGUUCUCUGAAUGGCUACAGGUAGAAAAGAAUUUUGCCUUGACCAGAUAUCAGAAUAUCAUUGAUACUGAGGACAGUGGUGAGAUUGAUUAUGACGGGGUAGCCCCAACGGCAACCAAGCCAACGAAGGCGGCUCUCCGGGUUAAUGAUCUUCUAGAAAAUAUCACGGAGCUUUACCGGCCAUUGUCAUCUUUUAGCCAAAAGCUUCGGUUUCUAAUUGAUAUCCAAAUCACCAUUUUUGACUUGUUCCAUGGGAGGCUACACUCUGGCCUUGAAGCAUACCUUGCUAUGACAUCCACAAUAGGACGCACCGUUCAGGGUUCCUCAGUUGGCCAACCAAGUCUAGAAGGUGUUUCUGGGCUAGAGAGGUUAUGCAGAAUAUUCGGAAGCGCAGAAUAUCUAGAGAAAAAGAUGCAGGACUGGGGCGACGACGUCUUCUUUCUUGAACUUUGGUAUGAGCUACAGGACCGGGUAGCAAGGCAAAGCCAUACCGGAAAACCAGUAGCUGGUGUAAUGUCAGUGUCGGAAAUUGCAGCACGUACUUCAUCUUCGGUGGCCAAUAACCAUGACCACCCUGAGGACGAAACUGAAGGAGCUUUGUUCGACGAAACAGCUACAGCAUACCGUCACCUUCGAAUGCGGUCCGAAUCCAUAAUUCAAACGACUAUCGUAUCGAGUGUCCAGGCAUCUCUCCGUUCUUAUUACCAGGUGUCAACGUGGGCUUCUUUACGCACUUCCUCCGAUGAACCUGGUGCCCUUACUACACCGUCACUAGACCUUGUGCAAACUCUACGGCUCCUCACCGCUGAUUUUUCGUUUCUUUCUCGCACAUUGGCUGUUGCGCCGAGACGCCGUAUUGCCAACCAUGUUCUCCUUGCCAUUCAGACAUAUAUCUGGGAUAGCAUACUGAUGCGAAAUUCAUUCUCCACCACUGGUGCUGCACAGAUUUCCGUUGAUGUCUCUAAUAUCUGUGACACAGUAGACGCUGCUAUAGGAGUAAAGGCUGGUGAAGGACUUGCAGCACAGACAGUUAAAAAACUCCGGGAUAGUUUAUUCAUCCUUAACUUGAAGAUUAAACCGGAAAAAGUUCAGUCGCCUGACACUGGUGACGGUACGAGAAUAGGGCUUGGCUUAUGGGAAGCUGAGAAGAGGCUGUUUGCGAAUAAUGAAAGCGCAAGAGGUGUCUUAUCUGAGCUUGGAAUAGAUACGUUGACUGAAGCUGAGGCACGAUCAGUUUUAGAGAGGAGGGUUGAAGUCCGCAGCUAG